UCUGUACCAGAUCUCUUUCUGUUCGUGUUUUUUUCUUCUCCCUUCGAAGUUUCAGUUCAAAAUUUCGUCUGUUUCUGUCUAUGUGAUUCUCCUUAAUUUCUCCACAGUUGACUCGAAUACCUACGCUGAUCUCUCAUUCUCAGAUCCUCUCGCUCGAUCAUUGUAAUUAUCCGAAUAGAAUAGAGAUUAGAUACCGCAAUUAAAUCUCCGUUCUGAUUUCUGUACCUGUGUUAGAGAGUGAGAUGGAAGGUUUGCCUACGACGACACAAGCAGAGAGGCGAUGGAGAUCGAAGAAUCUACAGACAUCCAAGCCUUCUUUGGUGAUGGCCUUUUUCUCUUGCGUCGCUUGGCUCUACGUCGCUGGCCGGUUGUGGCAAGAUGCAGAGAACAGAACAUUGCUUUCUAAUCUUCUUAAGAAGAACAUUGAACAGAGACCGAAGGUCCUUACUGUCGAAGAUAAGCUGAUGGUACUAGGAUGCAAGGAUCUAGAGAGGAGGAUUGUAGAAGUGGAGAUGGAUUUGACGUUAGCUAAGAGUCAAGGAUACCUCAAGCACCAGUUGCGACAAAGUGAGUCUUCUUCAGAACAAAAGCUUCUUGCAGUUAUUGGAGUUUAUACUGGAUUUGGUAGUCACUUGAAACGAAAUACAUUCAGAGGAUCUUGGAUGCCAAAAGGUGAUGCGUUAAAAAAACUUGAGGAAAGAGGAGUAGUGAUACGAUUUGUGAUUGGUCGGAGUGCUAAUAGAGGUGAUAGCUUGGAUCGCAAUAUUGAUGAGGAAAAUCGUAAGACAAAGGAUUUCCUUAUUCUUGAGGGUCAUGAAGAGGCUCAAGAGGAGCUUCCUAAGAAAGUAAAAUUAUUCUUCAGUACUGCAGUUCAAAAUUGGGAUGCUGAGUUUUACAUCAAAGUCGAUGACAAUAUUGACAUUGACCUAGAGGGGUUGAUUGGACUUCUUGAACGUCGACGUGGCCAAGAUAGUGCUUAUAUUGGAUGCAUGAAGUCAGGAGAAGUGGUUGCUGAAGAUUAUUUCCGGCAUGCCUCUGGUUCCCUUCUUAUACUCACCAAAAAUCUUGCGCGGUAUAUCAACAUAAACAGUGCAUCUUUGAAGACAUAUGCUCAUGAUGAUAUAUCGGUAGGAUCUUGGAUUAUGGGUGUCCAGGCAACUUAUAUAGAUGACAAUCGUCUUUGCUGCAGUAGCAUUAGACAAGAUAAAGUGUGUUCUGAGGCUUGAGAAGAGAACAUGUCUAACUUUUCAUCAGUUUAAAGGCCACUAAUUUGGGGGUUGUCAUUAUUGCACUCAGAUAGACACUUGAGUGUCAAUAUUGCUUUUUGCAACAUCAUGUGGACAUCUUUUUACUGAAUACAGCUGCAGUGAGGGGAUUUUCUAGAGCGUCGGAUGGAUCAUUCUUUUAGAUGUUGAUAUAGACAUAGGAUAUUUUUUGGAGAAUGAACAUGGGUUAAUAUGCAAUUGGUGUUAAAUACUAACUAAUGGUUGGGAGGAAGGAGGAUAUAUUUUUUUUAAGGUAUGAUCAAGUUCAAUAGUCUUUCGUUUCUUCAAUGAAAUAGCUUCAAUAUUUUUUCACAAUUGACUCAAAUUUGUGUGCCAGUGAGGCAGUGACUCCUUUCUUGACUAAUUUCUGAAUGCAGAUUUAUCUGCCUUUCUUAUUACAUUGUGCAUAGUUGGAAUUUGCUGAUAUUUGCGCUUUGGUUUUGCUUCAGUGGUUGUUUGUGACGAUUUAUUUAUAUAGGUAUUUUAAAGAAAUGAUUAUUUGUGAUGAUGUACCCCUUUAAUCAGACAACAACAAAUUUUUAAAGACAAAACAUUA